AUGCGAGGGCGUGCACUCGGACGAGCGCUCGUGAAGCGCGCGCUGGGGGGCGCGCGGACGCCGCUCGCGUCGUUCGCGACGACGACGCGCGACGGGGACGGGGAUCGAACGAGCGAACCCUCGACGUCGUCGUCGUUCGAGCGCUUGACGUGCGAGACGCGAGCGGGGACUGGGAAAGGAAUCGCGGGGAGAACGCGCAGGGAGGGGAGAGUACCGGCGGUGUUGUUCAGACCGGGAAGCGUCGAGAAGACGCUGUUGACGGCGAGCGAGAGAGAGCUCAACGCGGCGGUGCGAAGACACACGCUCGCGGGGACGCAGUGCGAGGUGUUCGAGCUCGAAGUCACGGACGGAGACGGAACGCCGCGAAUCGUUCGAGCGCUGGCAAAACAGGUGCAUAUGCACGCGUAUAACAAAUCGGUGGAGAACGUGUGCUUUUUGGAGGUGGAGCCGGAGACGGAGGUGCGCGUGCGGGUGCCGGUGGAGACGCUCGGCGAGGACGUCUCGCCCGGAGUGAAGCGCGGCGGCUUCGUGCAAAUCUUGAGGAAGACGGUGCCGGUGAAGUGUCGCAGCGAUUCCAUUCCGAAGAAGUUCACCGUUGACGUUUCUGCGCUGGAUGCGGGUAAGAUCAUCCGAAUUCGCGACGUCAAGGUGGCUGAGGGGAUCAAGUUGCUCGAUGCAAACUUGGACUUGCCCCUGAUCAUCAUCGCAGGCAAGGUCAAGAGCGCGGCGUAG